AUGGCUGAAACCGAGACUGGCGAGAAGCCUGAGGAGGCCCCGACUGCAGUGGGCUUUUUCGAUCCCCUGCUGAAGGAUGUGCGCCGGAAGGUGUUCUUGCAAUGGGGCCGCACUGUACUCCUGCUCUGUGUCUUCAUUCUUUCCGUCUUGUCCCUCUACUGGGCUGUGCAGUUUCGCUCCGAGAAUAAACUAUCGUCUCUCGGAGUGUGGGUGGUGGACUUCGACAACGCCCAAGAUGCGCUUGUCGGGCCUGCCGUAACGGACCUGGCAGGACAGCUGGGCGGGGGCCAGAAUUUGGGAUAUACUGUGAAGUCACCGGCCGAGUUCGAUAACGACCCAGUCGCCGUGAUCCAGGCCGUCUACGACCAGCACUGCUGGGCUGCGGUUAUCGUCUCCCCCGACGCGACCACCCUGCUCCGCGACGCAGUCUCAACCGGCAACAGCUCCUACAAUCCCAGUGAUGUCGCGCAGUUCGUCGUCAUCACCGCCAGGGACCAGACCACGGUCGAGACCUACAUAACCCCAGCCCUCAACUCCUUCGAGCUGCAGCUCCGCGCGCAGUUCGGGCCACAAUGGGUGCGCAGUAUCGCGCAGCAAUCAGCCAAUCUCACCCAGGUCCCUCAAGCUAUUAAUCCGGCAAUCGCAUUUAACACGCUGGACCUGCGUCCCUUCUCGCCUGCUGCCGCAACCCCGUCCGUCACAAUCGGCCUGAUCUACCUCAUCAUCCUCGCCUUCUUCAAUUUCCCCUUCCUCAUGCCCGUGCACGCCAUGUUCAUGAAAGGCCCUCACACGCUGAAAAUCCCCCAGUGGAUCAUCUGGCGGAUCCUCAGCUCCAUAGCAGCCUACUUCUUCCUCUCUCUCUUCUACUCCUUCGUCUCGCUCGCCUUCCAGAUCCCCUUUUCCAACGACCCGGCCCCGGACACGGUCUCUGCAUCCAACCCCAACGCCUACGGGAAGGGCUCGUUUGUGGUAUUUUGGAUGCUCAACUGGGUUGGGAUGGCCGCGCUGGGUUUCCCGUGUGAGAACAUGGCCAUGAUUCUCGGGUUCCCAUACAGUUCGAUGUUCCUUAUCUUCUGGGUCAUCACGAACGUGAGCUCCGGGUUUUAUGCGCUGGAUCUGGCGCCGGGAUUCUUUAAGUGGGGAUAUGCGUGGCCCUUACAUAGGAUUGUGAAUGCGCUGCGCACGAUUCUGUUCGGGACGCACUCGAAGAUUGGACUCGAUUUUGGGGUUCUUUUUGCGUGGAUUGCGGUGUCGCUUGUGCUGUUCCCGGUCGCGUCGUUUAUUAUGCGGUGGAAGAUGAAGAGGGGGUUGUAA